UUUUAAAAGUUGUAACUGCUGUGAGGUCGUGAGGAUCUGCGUUUUUAAGAAUUUUUCAACUGCAGAGUUUCAUAUACAACUUCUUUCAAAAUGAGUAUUAUGGACUAUAAUGGUGGCGCCUUAAUUGGGAUGAAAGGCAAGGACUGUGUUGCCAUUGCAACUGAUAAGCGAUUUGGUAUACAAGCCCAAACAGUGUCUCUUGAUUUCACGAAAGUUUUUCAAAUAAAUCCUCAUACAUUUAUGGGAUUUCCUGGUCUAGCUACAGAUAUAUUUACUGUGUACGAGAAAAUUAUGUUCAGGAAAAGGUUAUACGAGUUAAAAGAAAAUCGGAAAAUAUCUCCUAAAGCAUUAGCAUCUCUAGUCUCCAAUUUGUUGUAUGAAAACCGAUUUUCACCAUUCUUCGUCGAACCAAUGAUAGUUGCCUUGGAUGAAGUAACUUUGGAACCAUACAUGUGCGACAUGGAUUUAAUUGGUUGUGUGAAUAAGUCUGAUAACUUUGUGGUGGGAGGUACUAGUUCAAGUCAAUUAUAUGGUCUUUGUGAAGCUCUUUGGGAGCCUGAUAUGGAAGAGGAUCAACUAUUUGAAACUAUAUCACAAGCUUUGGUUAGUGCUUGCAAUCGUGACGCUAUUUCUGGUUGGGGUGCAAAGGUUUACAUUAUUAAAAAAGACAAGAUAAUUGUGCGUGAUAUCAAGACACGGAUGGAUUAAGGGAUAAAUUAGAUGUGGGACAUGGACAUUUCAAUAUGUGUAUAUUUUUUUCACAAUUAAUCCAAAAAUUGUUAUUUUUAGAUAAAAACAAAUGUGAUAAAAAUAAAUUCGUAAUAAAAUAAAA